AUGGCGGGCAAGCGCAAGAGCAAGUCUUCGCCCUCUGAAGCUUCUCCAUCAAAUUCCGCUUCAGCCAAUAAGCUGAAGCGUACUGAGGAGCCGAUAGCUAAAGAAGAGGUCGCAGAGAGUAUGGAAAAAACUGCUUCUCCGCCGAGGAAGCUCAAGGGUAAAGCGGUCGCCGUCAAAGAUGGAGAGGAGCCUGAAGCCAAGUUUCUUGGCAAACCGGUGAAAGAUACAGAGGCUCGAAAGAGGUGGCCAAAACGGUACCUGGGAAAGAUGAAGCAGGUGUCUGGGCCAGACAACUCAAACCAAGAUGAAGAUGCAAUUCAGGCUCGUGGCCAUUACAUAAAGGCAGAGGUUGAUGGACGAAACAUAUUUGAUCUAUAUGAUGAUGCUCAUGUACAAGCAGGGGAUGGAAACGAACCCUAUGUUUGUAAGAUCGUGGAAAUGUUUGAGGCGAUUGAUGGGACAUUAUAUUUUACUGCACAAUGGUACUAUAGAUCACCAGACACUGUCAUAAAGGAGUGUGCUACAAUUGAUAGGAGGCGUGUAUUUUUAUCAGAGAUUCAAGAUGUCAACCCUCUCGAUUGUCUUGUUGAAAAACUUAAUAUUGUUAGAUUGUCUUUAAAUGUUGAUCAAAAUGAAAAGAGUAAAUUAAUUUCGACAUGCAAGUACUUUUGUGACACAACAUAUUUGUUACCUUAUUCAACUUUCAUGAACUUGCCAGAAGAAAAUAUACAGACGGGAAGUGAUGACUCAACAAUUUCUAGUGAGGCUGAUGUGGACCGAGCUUGUGAGGUUAACUCCGAAGGUGCUGAUGUGGACAAAGCUUGUCAGGAUAAUUCCAAAGUUGCCCAACUCUGCCCUGUUAGAGAGUGUGGCAAACCAGAAGUCACAUUGCUCGACCUAUAUUCUGGUUGUGGGGCAAUGUCAACUGGGUUGUGCCUUGGUGCACAAUUGUCUAAUGUAAAUCUGGUUACAAGAUGGGCUGUUGACGUAAAUGAGUAUGCUUGCCAAAGUCUCAAGCUUAACCACCCAGAGACAGAGGUUAGAAACGAAUCCGCCGAAGAUUUUCUCUCAUUGCUGAAGGAGUGGAGAAAACUUUGCUUUUAUUUUAACUUGGUUGAGACCAAGGACUCAGAGAAUGAUCAGUUUGACUUUUUUGAAACGGAAGAUGAAAGGAGGAAGAAGAAGAUGAUCCGUUGGAAGGGGUAUGGGGAUGACGAAGACACCUGGGAGCCAAUUGAUGGACUGGGGCAUUGUAGAAAGGCUAUAGGAGACUUUGUUUCUCAACGUUAUGCAUCAAAAGCAUUGCCUUUACCCGGUGAUGUUGAUGUGGUGUGUGGGGGGCCCCCUUGCCAAGGAAUUAGUGGUUUCAACAGAUUUAGGAACACACAACAACCGUUAGAAGAUGAGAAAAAUAAACAAUUGAUUGUUUUCAUGGAUUUCGUACAGUACCUUAACCCAAAAUUCGUUUUGAUGGAAAAUGUUGUUGAUAUUGUAAAAUUUUCUGAGGGACUCCUUGGACGUUAUGCCUUGGGACGUCUUGUUGGUAUGAACUAUCAAGCUAGGAUGGGAAUGAUGGCAGCAGGUGCAUAUGGGCUUCCCCAGUUUCGUAUGCGUAUGUUUAUGUGGGGGGCCCGUCCUACUGAGAGGUUGCCUCAGUACCCACUUCCUACACAUGAUGUUGUUGUAAGGGGUGUUAUUCCCACGCAAUUUGAGGGGAACACUGUUGCUUAUGAUGAAGGUGGCCCGGUUCAAUUAGAAAGAAAGCUUUUGUUGGAGGAUGCAAUAUCUGACCUUCCUGCUGUUGAGAAUAGUGAAAACCGGGAUGAGAUGCCAUAUGCAGGGCCUCCCCAGACAGAAUUUCAGAGGUUUAUCAGACUAAGCAAAGAAUAUUUGCUGGGGUCUUCAAAGGAUGAAUCAUUACACAAGACGCUUUACGAUCACCGUCCCCUAGAGUUGAAUGCAGAUGAUUAUGCACGUGUUUGUGAAAUCCCGAAGAGAAAGGGUGCAAACUUCAGAGAUCUACCCGGUGUUCGUGUGCGCACUGAUAACAAGGUUGAGUGGGAUCCUGAUGUAGAACGAGUGUAUUUGAAGUCCGGGAAACCUUUGGUCCCUGAUUACGCUAUGAGUUUUGUGAAGGGUUCUUCAUCAAAACCUUUUGCCCGUUUAUGGUGGGAUGAAACCGUACCAACAGUUGUUACUAGAGCUGAGCCCCAUAACCAGGCAAUUUUGCAUCCUGUUCAAGGCAGGGUAUUGUCAAUUCGUGAAAAUGCAAGACUUCAAGGUUUCCCAGAUUACUACAAACUUUGUGGCCCUGUCAAGGAGAGAUACAUUCAAGUUGGAAAUGCCGUUGCCGUUCCAGUUGCACGUGCAUUGGGCUAUGCGCUAGGUCUUGCUUUGAAAGGUUCUGCUGGUGUUGACCCCGUGUUUCCAUUGCCGGAAAAAUUCCCCAAUAUUCAGUGCCAGAUUCAUUCUGCAUCAUCCGAAGAUGAUGCUUGA